AUGCACACUGCAAGCUUCAAGGUUGGCGGGCGCACACGCAACAUUGACGUGGCAACAGGGAAGAUGGACGUGGAAACAGACGAUGUGAUUGAAGUUGGUGGCACCUGGUUGAGUCCCGAGCACUCUGCGGCGUUGGCGCUUUGCAGCGAGCUGGGGAUCGAGGUGUACAAUGCUAGCUUCGUCCCUGACCUCGAAGUGCCAUCUGUUCCCAAGGAAGAGAUGCCGUGGUGGUAUUGGGGGUCAGACUACCCCACCGAACAGAGGCAGCGGCUCAAAAGGUCUGUUGUCCACACCUCCACUGGACGACACGUCUUCACCACGGCGAGUGAACUCCAGGCCGCUUUCCCAUCUCAGUCAACGGCUUCCUUGAAGCGCGUUGGAGAAUUCGUUGAUGGAAGAGCAGCAGAAAUCAGCGACAGGUGCUGGCUUGCCAGUGGCAUGUCUCGUGCGUGGAGGGAAGCAGAUUCUGACACCACCUGGGGCGCUCUGGGUGGGAAGCUGGAGGGCAAGGACGCCGAGCAAGUGCUGAGAAACUGCAUCCAUGGAAAGAAUGCACAGGAGCCAGAAGCAGUGUCAUUCUUGUACAACCUGCUCUCCUUCAAAGGUUGCAACAGCAAGGGUGCGGACUCGCAGUACCGCGUGAGAGGAGGAACUCAAGCGAUACCUUUGAAGAUUGCUGCACAGCUUGGGAACUCUGUUCUACUUGGCCACGAGGUGAGAUCCAUCAAAGCAGACGGCGGGGAUGUGGAAAUCCAAGUGCGUGGGGGCAAGUCCUUCCGGGCGCGGGCCGCGAUCCUUACAGGACCUCCCCCGGCUAUCUUGGGCAUCAGCUUCAAGCCGCCUCUGGCUGGCACAGAUGCCCAGUGGUUGCAGCGGAUGCCCAUGGGGACGUCGCUGAAGCUGGCAGCCAUCUACAAGGAAGGGCCGUGGUGGAGGGAGCUUGGCCUACAGGGGGAAAUCCUGUCCACUUCGCUGCCACCGAAGUUGUCACUACCUGCGCCCGACACGGAUCUGCCUUUGUUUGUGCAGUGCAUGGACCACUCGCCCUACUCCCAGCGAAUUGGUGUUAUCGUGUGUUUUGUAGAGGGCCGGCAGAACUUCCACUUCUUGCAGAUGAGCCAUAACGAGCAGCAGGAGAGGUUCGUUGAGUUCCUGGCCAUGAGCUUCAACAGCUCAAAGGCGAAAACAUUGAAGCCGAGCUUCGUAGCCCACAACUGGGCAGAUCAGCCUUUUGCCAGAGGGGCGUACACCGGCUUCUUCUCGCCGGGUGUGAUGUCCGUUCCAGAGUUCUGGUCGGCGUUCCAGCAGAUGGAGAAGCUCCCGAAUGUUUUUUUGGCAGGCUCAGACUACCACAUUGGCUUUGGCAACGGCUACAUCGAGGUCACGAAGGGCUUGCACUUCUUUCUGACAUGUGUUGCCUUUCUUCCGGAAGAAGGGGGCAUUCAGAAUCGUGACGGAAAUGCCGUAAGACUUCGCGUUGACAGGGGGCCCUCCGUGAUGGGGCUCCAGAUCGAGGUGCGUUGGACUCCUGAUGAGUUCGAUUUGGGUCUGUCCUCGACCAUUGCCGCGGGUGCCACGGUCUUGGCUGCGGCCGCAGCAUCGAGGAAACCUGCUCAAACACGUGGACCAGGCACCUCGUUGGCAAGGAAGAAAUCAUCUUCACGCAAGAGUUCCUUAACAUCAAAGGCGACUGCCCUGCAGGAGACACCGGCAACAGUGCAGACAGAUGGCUCCGGCGCACGCGAGAGGCGCGGGGUGCUGGCGAAUGGCAUGAGAUACGUGAUUCUCCGACAUCAAGUCCCAGCUGGACGGGUCGAGGCGCACUUGGAGUUUCACGUGGGGUCCAUCGAUGAACAAGAGAAUCAGCGUGGGAUGGCCCACAUGCUCGAACAUGUAUGUUUCCUGGGCUCCGAACGCCGCAUGCAGCUGCAGAGCGGUGGUCUGGGCAUGACCAGCAACGCGUGCACCGACUUCAAUCACACGGUCUACCACCUGAGCCUUGGCACUGAGUACCUGAGCCAAGGACUGGAGGCACUUGCAGAUAUUGGUUUCAAUCCUGCCUUCCGCCCGGAGCGCGUUGAAAAGGAGCGUGCAGCUGUUCUUUCCGAAGCUCAAAUGGUCAACGAUGUGCAGUAUCGCUUGCAGACGCAGUUCCUGGCAGCAAUGCACGAGGACAACCCGAUCCAUGUGAGAUUUCCCAUCGGCUUGGAGCAUCAGAUCGCCAACUGGACCGUAGAAGACCUGCAGUCCUUUCACAUUCGGUGGUAUGUGCCAGAGAACGCGACCCUCUUCAUCGUCGGCGAUGUGGAUGAAGAUAUUGCAGUGGAGAAGGUUGAGCAGACCUUCAAGAGCAUCUCCAGUGCAGGGUUGGCCACCGGUCAGCCUUGGGACUUGGACGCCACCUCGCUUCUGAGGCCGGCUAUCGAAGGUCGGCCAACGGUGCUGCACAGUUUCGUGGAGCCAAUCGAUGGCCCAGAAGAAGGAGCCCCUGCUCUCAGAGAUUGGAGUACCGACCUCAAGGCAACAGCCCAGUCUGCCUACGCCUCUGCAGAAAGCCAGUCUUCUGGAUCUCACGACCUCGUUCGGGAAGUUCGGGCCGGGGGGAUGGUGUGCUGUGUGCUGUGCACUGGUAUGACAGCUUUCGCAUUCUAUGCUGUUGUCCUCACGAACGCUGCUCUGGCACAUCAUGUCGACCCUGUGCAGACGGCGCAGGUGAAUGUUUCGACCAAUGACUUGCUGCAGGGCAUGCAGGCACCUUCUGGAGUUGGACGAGUUCUCUUUCCCAUGUUCCUCAAAGACGAGUUCUCCUCAGACGCUGAGAUUCCCAAGGUUGUGAGAAAUUGGCAGAUCUUCUCCUCAGCUCACGGGACGCUGGACGAUCUCUCGGAGUGGCUUUGCCAGCGCCUGGUUGUUGAGGCGGUGCGCCUGCGCUUCUCCGCACGUUGGCGAUCUGGAGUGAUCCCCUGCACUCUCCACUCCUACGAUACUGCUCGAGAGGCUGUGUCCAUCACUAGCCUGACCAUCAUGACCGAGCCCAACCGUUGGAAAGAUCGUUGUGAAGAGGUGUUGCAAGAAAUCCUUGCCAUCUCCUCCCAUGGUCUCGCACAAGAGGAGCUGGACCUUGCGAAGCGUAUGACGUUGGACCGUGUCAAGGAGGCUGCAGACGCUCAGCCAUGGGCUGUGAUGGGUACCUUGAAAGGCUACGAGGCCGCGGGAACCUCCCGCGAGGUUGUGGAUGCGAUGAUUGCUUCCUUUCCAGGCAGCCACUUGCUCACUGAGGCACCGGCCUUCAGCCAGGCCCUGCGCCAAGCUGCGGAGGAAAUCGAUCUGACGCGCUUCAACCAGGCAGUGAAGUCCAUGCUGGGCUACUUUGGUGGCAGUGCCACCGGCGGGGCAGCCACUGCGCGUGGAUCGGUGAUUGUCUCGUGCCCUGCCACCGUCACGGAGGAGUUAACGGGCCGCAAGGUGCCGUUCACCGCACCGACGGCCGAAGAAGUUGCAUCAGUCCUGCGCAACGUCGAUGAACUCGACGAAAGCGAGGUAGCAAAGAGGCGGGUGUCAGCUCCUGCCUCCCUUUCUCCGGAUGUUGGAGAGAAGCUUCCGGAGCCACUGGAAGUCCUCCGGGCAGCAUCCAGCAAAGAGGCGACAACACUUCGCCUUGCAAAUGGGCUUGUUGUGAGGCUGCUGGUUAUGCCCGCCAGCCCGAGCUCGGGGCCUGCCCGUGGCGGUCUUCGCCUGACGGUGCCGGGUGGCCGUGCAUCUGAUGAGAUUGCCGGACGCAUGGGAGCUUCCCGUGCAAUGCUGCAUGCUUUAGACAACUGCGCUGUGGGCGAAUGGAGCCAAGAAGAGGUUCAGCUCUUUCGUGCCUUGAACUCCGUGCAGACCGAUUUCAAAGCUGGUACCGACGCUUUGGAGCUCGAUGUCUUCUUCCCUCCGACAGCUGCAUCCUGCCGAGCAGCGCUGGAGUGGCUGCACUGGGCACUGAAAGAGCCGAAGUUCAAUCUACAAGGCUUCGCGGAUGCACAGUUGCGGAUGAAAGGCGACACCACGUUCCGGGAAAAGUCAUUGGAGGGCGCUUCGCGCCAGGCUCUCCUCGAGCGCAUGUAUCCCUCACAUCGGUGGCUGGAUGAGGCAGCGAUGCUGCAGGUGAACCAGCUGACCCUGGGCCUGAUGAAGAAGGCCGCACAGGAACAGCUUGGCUCGGUGGCUGGCCUGGAACUGGACCUCGUUGUGUGUAUCCCCUCCCAUGCAAGUGCGGCAAGCGGCCUCAUGCACGAGGAGUCUUUCGAAGAAGCCUCGGACGAUGCGCCGGUCGAAGAAGAAGAGGCAAUCGCAGAGAUGAGAAAGAUGCUGGAGCGGGAGGUUUGCCGAUGCUUGGGGUCGCUUCCGAGCAGUGCGAGCGACCAGGCCUUCCAAGCCCCGACUCCAUCCGCCAGCAGUCGCGGGGCUGAGCUGCGAGUUCAUUUGCCUGACAAGGAGGCUCGGGCCAUGGUCAUGGUUGGUGGGACCGCACCUGGAUAUUGGGGAGAUUGCCCGAGAUUCCUCGAGGUCAGAACCGAGAGUCCUGUUCCCGAGCCUCCCACAACGGGUAAGAGCCGGACCGGACCAGUGGUUUGUGGCGUCGGAGGUUUGCUGGUCGUGGGAUUUGUCUUCAUGGUCUCGAAGAGUGUCCCUCCGGUUGCGACUGGUGCCAAUCAGCGAAGCUUGUCGGAUGCGAUGGCACCUGAACUUGCCAGCACUGGAUGCUGCCGAUUCGCGAAGGAGUUCGAAGAGGCCGAUUGGUACAAUCCGCAGACCCGGGCAGACUUCAUGGCGAACGUGAUGCACGUCGAGCGUCGUUUCUUUGGAGAAGCAGCAGCACUUGCUUUCGAUCCCGACACUGGCAUGACUUACGACGGCGUUGGCCUGGACUACCAGACGGGUGAUGUGCAGCAUGAAACUCUUCGAACGUUCUCGGCACCAUCAAAAGAGGCUCUGCAUUUGAGCCUCCUGGCUUUGGCCCUUCAGCCAGCCGACGACGUGCCUGCGGAGCUGGCCACGGUGUUGCCCUUGCUUUAUAGCACUGAUGAGGCACUCGACAUCCUGGAGAAGAAAGCCAGAACCAUGGAGGACUUUGAUGCACGCUUCCCGGGCUUCGGGGGCUUCAUGCCAUGGUUCUGUUCGCGUGGCAUCAAUGAAGCGGGUUACUGCAAGACCCUUGCGGAGCCUGGAGCAAGGAUGACGCCAGUGUCUGGCUGGAAUAAGAGACUCCCUGGUCUGGAUAACGGCCAGCUUGCAUUUGGCACUGUUGCAGUGGUGCAUGCUCUGAAACGCCGUGCUGCGCAGGAAGGUGCCUCCAGUCGCUUUGCUCAGUUGGGCCGUCGCUGGGAGGCUCGCCUGGAGCGGAUGAAGGCCUCAGUUGUUAGCUUGUUCUACCACGGGGCCGGUCUGGUGCGCAUGGUCAGUGAGCUCGACAAUAUCACUGUGGAUGUUGCAAAGAAUGCUUCCAAUGCUCACAACGAAAACGGCUUGUUUCUUUGGGAUGCUUUCGAAGGGGAGAUGAUUGUUCUCUUCCUGGACAUGUUCGGCAACUGGACCAAGUACCCAAACAAUGGUGAGGAGGACAGGAAACUGAUGUGGAAGAUCAAAGCAGAACACGUCGAGCCUGUUGUGUAUACAGCCGCCGACAACACGAAGAUGGUCCUGCAGAAAGGGUAUUGGUUCUCCGCGCAUGAACAGUGGAAGACCUUGCAGCUCCCAUACUUGGACAUCCCACUGGUCCGGCACCUCUUUGCAAACGGUGAGUUCGCUCGCUUGGAGAAUUCAGUGCAACAGGAGCUGCCUGGCUUGAUGGCGUCGGUCAAUGCGCCCAAUGGUGUGCAGUGUGACGCUCAUCCCUACUGUAGUGCUGUGGGAAUACAGGCAUUGGCGGAGGAGCCCGUUUUCAGUUUCAAGGAAGACACAGUCCUUACCCCCUAUGCGGCUUUCCCAUCGAUCUUGGUGGACUCAGCUGCUGGUCUCGCGUGGUACAACCACAUGCUGUCCAUGCCCCGGGUGCAAACACCUGUUGGCAGCAUAGAGUCCUUUACAAACACUGGAAAAGCCGUUGCACCCAUGGCCACCUGGGAUGCCAAAGCUACCACCAUCUUAGCUAUGCUGGGCGGAACCGGGCCAAUGCUGCGCAAUUACAUGCAGGAGCAGGGAAUCUAUGGCGUCUUCGAAGAUCGUGUGAAAUCCAUGUACGGCCCAGUCUUCGAGCCGGUCAUUGCAGCUGUGAUGCCAAGCAAGGCUUCAAUCGACAAGCAUAUAGCACAGCUUCCAAAGCUGCCACUGCCGGCACCUCAUCCCACUCGCAAGGAUUCCCUGCCGGAAGACUUUCCGAGCUGCCGUGGAGACGAGACUUGGCAGAGGACAGCUAGGUACAAAGGAUUUUCCUGGGGGCCUCGAGCAGAGCAGGAUCCAUUGUACCCAGCCCGAGCCACCCAGCUCAUGAUGGAAUGCUUGAAUGCCAGACUUCUGGGACGGGUGCGAGAUCAGCUGAGCUUGACAUACAACUGCGAGAUUGAGCUCACCAUGUUCGAGGGCUUCGAUGCUGGACACUUCAUGUGCAAGGUUUUUACAUUCCCUCAGACCGUGGCCCGUGCAGCAGAAGCGGCGGUGCAGGUGCUUCGAAGUCCCGGGUGGAUGCCCUUCACGGACAUGGAGAUUGACGCGUCGAAGAAAGUCAUGGCCUUUCGGGAAGGCCACAUGCAGAGGGAAGAUCGCAGUUACUGGCUUGGCCGUAUCCGACCUAUCCCUGGCAGCCAAAGCUCAUCCCCUGGAAACCGCUAUGAGGAGGAAGCACGGCUUCUGGAUUCCCUAGGAUUAGCCUACCCACAUGCUACAGAUGAAGCCAUCCCACUCCAGAGCAGGGAGGCCUUGCUUCACGUCGUGUGGGCUUUGAUACAAGACUACCUUGGGGAGCCCCCGAAGAUGCAGGUUGUGACCUACGAAGUUGAUCCGUUCACCUGCAACCACACGGUGAAGCUUUGGGAUCCUCGCUCGGGCAGGGCUGGAACACGCUUCCUGACCGGCCAUACGGACACGGUCCUCACAGUUGCGAUGAAGGGAAACAUCGUCCUUACGGGAUCUUAUGAUUGCACUGCAAGGGCCUGGGAUGCCUCACGAGGCGUCUUGCUCAAGACGAUCCUCUUCGACUGCUCCGUUACUGCAGUGGGUGGGGCACUCAAUGGGAAGAAAGGCACUUACGACUCUGUUCGACUGGCCAUAGUGCCACAGUAUUCAGGCAUUGAGCAGUCCACCAUCAUUUUGGGCGGCAGCAAUGGUAUGGCCGUGCUGGGAAAGAUCACUGGGGAGCAGCCCGUGCUGCCUUACGGUCUUCUGGCAGUAGAGAGACUCACCAAGGUGCGCCUGGUUGGCCAUUGCAAGGGAAUAAGCUCAGUUCUUCUCCACGGCUGCAUGGCAGUAACAGGAUCCAGUGACUGCACAGCACGAAUCUGGAACACGGCUACCGGGCGUGUGAAGCACGUCCUCUCUGGACACAAACGUCGAGUUGCCUCCGUGUCCAUGCACCGGAACUUGCAGCUUUUGGCGACUGGGUCUAUGGACGGCACUGCACGGCUGUGGAAUUCUGAGUCCGGCAUGCUCCUCGAUGUAAUCAGCUUCGCAACUCUGCCAGCUUCAGGCGUAUUUUCAUGCUUUUUGACAUCGGACCCUGUGGUGUCCUUGGCCAUCGCCGGGGAUUUUGUCGCUAUGGGUUCAGGCCGUGGCGCCGUGCAGGUCUGGAACCGUCGAACGAAGGAGCUCCAGGUACUUGCGAAAGGCGAAUAUGGACUCCUGGGCUCCAGCGCUGCGGUCGCCGUGCAAAGUCAUGGCUUGGUGGUCGCCGGUUUCAAGGCUGGCCUGGCCAAGGCCUGGAAUGUGAAGGGAGGAAUGUCCCCAUUCCUGCUGACAUCAGGCUUUCAUGCGCACGUUGCAAACCCUUCUUAUGCCUUGAUGUUGUAG